CAGCGUGAUUGCAUUGUUGGUGCAAAGAAAUAUCCGCUUCCUGGCCUGCCUUUAAUUGGGUGUUAUCACGAUGACCACGAAACGUGACCACUAACCCUCCUCCAAUUCAAGACGAUUCAAACGCACGACAAUUUCCAUGUAGUGUUAUCUCAACGCAGGUGAAACAACGCGAUGACAACUGAUUUUAAUACAAAUAAGAGUAGUAAAGUGGGAAAAUGCCCGGACAGAAGCUUUUCGUCAAACCGGGGACUAUAGAUGAAUCGGAAGAAGACGAAUUUGGGAGGUCGGAGGAUGUCAAGUUUAAAAUUGGAGGUGAUUCGCCUUUGCUCACUAGGGGUUUCAGUCCGCUUUCAGGGGGUGUUUCAAGCCUUGCCAGAAUCUCCACCUGUAAUAGCUCACUGACCAAUGUGCCAGGGUUUAGGCAGGAUGGCUCCAGAAAGUCCUUUCGUCCCGGCGCCGUUCGUAAAAUCCGACGUCGAGCAGUGUUCAAAAACGGCGAUUGCAACGUUUUACAAUCGCGCAUUUCCAAGCGAGGCCUUCGCUUCCUGCAGGACAUUUUCACAACUCUUGUUGACAUCCAAUGGAGAUGGACACUGAUUAUCUUCGCUUUGGCGUUUUUCGUGUCAUGGCUGGCUUUCGCGCUGAUUUGGUGGCUGAUUAUGUUCACACAUGGGGACCUCGAAGACGAGCAUUUACCAAUGAAUCAAGCCGAGUCAAAUUGGACGCCUUGUGUCCUCAACAUUCAUAGUUUCACGUCGUGUUAUCUCUUCAGCAUUGAAACGCAACACACCAUCGGCUAUGGUGUUAGAACCACGACUGAAGAAUGCCCCGAAGCCAUUUUCAUCAUGUCCAUGCAAAGCAUCAUCGGGAUGAUGAUCCAAGCCUUCAUGGUGGGCAUCGUCUUCGCGAAAAUGACCAGACCCAAGCUGCGAACCCAAACUUUGCUCUUCUCCCGAAAUGCAGUGAUAUGUCAAAGAGAAGGCCACUUGUGUCUCAUGUUCCGAGUCGGAGACAUGAGAAAGAGUCAUAUUAUAGGGGCCAGUAUCAGGGCGCAGUUGAUAAGAGCCCGCAAAACCAAAGAAGGUGAAGUUUUGAGCAAUUUCCAAACUGAAUUGAGUGUCUCAGCUGAUGGCUGUGAUAACAAUUUGUUCUUCAUUUGGCCGAUGACCAUCACACACAAAAUCGAUGAAGAGUCGCCACUUUACCAUCUCUCAGCCAGCGACAUGUUACAAGACAAGUUUGAAAUUGUGGUGAUUUUGGAGGGGACGGUGGAGAGUACCGGGCAGACGACUCAAGCCAGGUCCAGCUAUCUAGCCACUGAGAUUUUGUGGGGCCACCGUUUCGAGCCUGUCGUCUCUUACAACAAAGACCGUCAAGGUUACGAAGUCAACUACUCGAAAUUUGACAACACUUACCCCGUCGACACCCCCUUGUGUUCGGGGGCUGAAUUGGCCGAAUUUUACAAAUUACAAGAUGUACCUGAUUCUGGAGAUAGUCAAGCAAUUAGUCCAGUUUAGCUUUUGUGCUAUUUCUCAACUAAUUGAUUUAGUGUACGUGUUUCGUUACGCUUUUGUGAUAUUUGUGUAUUUUUUACAAACCAAAAAUAAAUAUUUAUUAUAGUUUAAGUCACAGCUUGGAUGUUGCAAUUUUAGAGCCAAUGGGUUUGCCUGAUAAGAGAGUGGAGGAUAGGGUUUUGAGACCACCUCCACCCAUUAAUAGAAAUGAGGGCCCAGCGAGAACCAAUUAUUCUUAUGAAGGAUAUGACGAAGAUAUGCUUGGGGAAGUCAAU